UCGGCACUUCGCAGGCGGCAGGAGGGACCUCCGGGCUCCGCUGCCAACUUUGAGUCACCGCCAGCCUCUGGCGGGGCUCCCCUGCGCUCGCCGCGGCCCCCGCUCGCCAGCCCCGCAGGAUGCACGUCUCACCCUUGCUGGCCGGGGGACUUUUACUCGCGCUGCUCUCGGCGAGGCUGGAGGCGAAGCCGGCGUCCCAGCUCCCGCAGAAGGGCUCCCGCGGCGCGGCGGCGGCGGCGGCGGCGGCGGGCUCGCCCGAGGCGGCGGGCGCCGAGCGCGACAAGGAGCGCGACAAGGAGAAGAGCCGCGGCGGCGGCGGCGGCGGCGGCGGCGGGCAGGGCCCGCGGGAGGCGCGGGAGGCGCGGGCCGAGGCGCGGCCGCGGGCGGGCUGGGCGCGGCUGCUGCAGGACCCGCCGGCCCGCCGCCACAAGGGCCUCCACAAGAAGGGCCUCGGCAAGGGCUGCUUCGGCCUCAAGCUGGACCGCAUCGGCGCCAUGAGCGGCCUCGGCUGCUAGGCCGCCCCCUGGCGGCGGGCUUUGAAUCAGUAGUCCAUUUUUUCCCAUCGUGGCCAUGCACGGCCAUCCCCCAGGCAACGCCUAGAAGAGCAGAGACCCCCACCCCAAAAUGGACAAAAGAUGUGGCUGUGUUUUUCUUUUCGGUACGAGGAGUCAUGGCACCAGCUGUUUUGGUUUUGUUAUUUUUUUAAAAAGUGCUCUCUAUCUUAUAUAUAUAUUAUAUAUACAAACACUCACCAAGACAAGGGACAGUGCUUUUCCAAAAGACUGAUGAAGCCAGCUGUAUAACGUUGCUGUUUGUAAAUUCAUGUCAUGCAUAAAUGUAUUUAUGUUGUAAAGCUAUUUAUAUAUUGUUUAUAAAGAGAUAUUUAUAAAAAAAUUAUUUAUGUAACUAAAAGAAAAGUCAAGCAUUGUAACAUUUUUUGUCCUAA